CUAGCGAACAGAAGUGUAAAAAUGUAGGAGCCAGCGGAGUAAGAAAGUGAUUCGCAGCGGAAUGACUCAGCUCAUGACAGGCGUGCCAACCCUCGGCGAGCACAGGAAGUCAAAGACACCCGAGAGCCAGGCGACCGAACGAAGCGCCUCGCGGAGACGACAGAAAUGAGCCCGGCAUUGGACCGAGAAACUUUCGGAGCGGCGGGUGCCAAGUAAGCACAGGAGAAGGCAGAAGGGGACGACGAAGGAAGGAAGCAGCCGGGCAAGGAAGAGGGCGAACGAGCGAGAGAAAGAGCAGCAGCAGCAGCUACAGAAGCGCCAGCGGGCACGGAGAGGAAGAAGCGCGCGGGUGAAGCUUUUUGGGAGGGUCAAGGAAGAUUUGAGGGCCUGUGCGAGCGAGGGAGAGGCAGAGAGUGGGGAGAGAGAGAGGAGACAAGUCGAAGGCGGAGGUGAAAGGAGGAAUUCCGAUGCAAGUCCAUGUCCAUGGAUGACGAAGAGCUGUAGCGGUGGUGGUGGUGGUGUGAGGAGUGGUAGGAGCGGAAGGCGGAUGAGUUGCAGGAGUGGAGACGAAUCCUGAAAAGGAGCGAGCAGGAAGGGAGGGGAGGAGGAUGAGGAGGAGCUAAGGUGGAGGCGGAGGGGGAGGGAGGCAGGGCUCGGAGGAGGUGGAGGAGGAAAAAGACGGGGAGGGGAGAAGGUCAAGGGCAGCAGCAGCAGUAUCAGCGGCGCGUACCCGUGGGCGAGGCCAGGGCCAUCGUUUGAAAGAAUUGCGUGUGGGAACGACGAUUGAGAUUGAGUUCGUCCGGCCGGUGUUGGUAUUUCUAUAUCUCUUCGUUCGAGACAUCGUUGGCGGCUCCGAGGAGAUCUAGCAGUGUCUCGUAUCAGUCCGGUGCUCGUAACGGAGAGGAUUGUACCCAAGACAAACCCUAAACAAUUCUCUUUGCUGCGUGCCAAUUGGUUCGGUUUUUCAUAUCUACAUCCAUCGACCUACCUUACCCGACCUUUCCUCUCCUUUUGAUCUUCUCCACCUCGGUGACUCCUUCGUUUCGACCUCAGGACGACCUUCGUGGUCUCAUCUCGGUCGUGUCUGGUUUCGGAAGGAAAGUCGGAGUUUAUACCUCAUAAGCGGCGUCAGGGGUUUUUCUUUGUUCCUGAUCUUGGUUUGGCUUGGACUCGCCGCGUGGAUUGGAGAUUCGUCAAUUGAUAACUGAGACUGCCCCCCUCAGUCUGUAGGCAAUGUUUGCUGUGCUACAACGAUCAUACCUGCGCUGCUUUGGAGCUUUAUUGCCUGAUUAUUUCCUGCGCUUUGCUGGUCAGGCUGAGUGAGAAGUUCUUAAUAUUAGUCUCUGACCGACUCAUAUGCCUAACCUCCUUUUACACAUACCUUACUAGUCGGCAACACCGUGCGUUGGACCGGACGCAUCCUACGAGAGGCCGUUUUGGCCAGAUUUGCAAAUCUCACUGUCUUGACUUCGAGAACUCAUUUUUGCCGCGAACUUUUGCUACAACACUGGCCUGGAGGUGGGAAGAAGAUCUGACUACUUCAUGCCGGCAGCGAUUCUUGGGAUCGGUGCAGAUUAUGUUUCGGUGCAAUCCGCCGGAACGUGCCGAAAAUGGAGUUGUUGAAACAAGGUGUUUGAGGAUAUUUGAUCAUUUCGUGACGGAUUUGUUAGAGAGUCAAAAGAACAAAGGACAGGAAGUUAGUGAGACUAUUGUUGCUUGAGCAUGCCUCCUCUGGCAGCGGAGGCAGGAUUGGCCAGCAGGAUUGUGAGCCACAAAGAAAUCAUGCUGUCGCUAGCGGGACUCUCCCUUCUUCUUCUCACUCUUCUUCUUGGAAGGGUGAGCGCCACCGUGGUCUUGAUGACGUCAACGAACGAGACUCUUCAAUUUUCGGAUAUGGAAUCUAGCUUCGCUGCGAGAAUACCUGCAGCGGGAAUUCUUGGAGUAAUCUAUGCCGCUGAACCCGCCAACGCUUGUACAACACUUACAAAUGCCCCCAUUCCAGAGAGGGGUUUAUUCUCAUCGUUCGUCGUUGUAAGUCGGGGUGAUUGUACUUUCGAGAAGAAAGUACGAGUUGCACAGGCUGCAGGUUUUCACGCGGUCAUUGUGUACAACAACGAAGACAACCAUGAUUUGGUCACAAUGUCUGGGAAUGGUGCGGGGAUACGAAUUCAUGCUGUGUUCGUUUCGAAAUCUUCUGGUGAAGCUAUCUUGAGCUUUGCCGAUGACGUCGGCACCAGUUGCUACAUUCGGCCAGCUUUCGAGAACACAGCGUGGUCAGUCAUGGCUGUGUCAUUCAUAUCACUUCUUGCGGUGGCGGCCGUUUUGGCGACAUUCUUUUUUGUUCGACGUCAUCGACUGCGCCAUCUGGGCAAUAGAUUACUUCAAAAUCGAGAGUCCCAAGGAAUGAGCUCUACGGAGGUGAAGGCCUUGCCAAUCAUUAUUUUCAAAUGUAUUGGAGAUGGCAAUGGUACGGCGGAAACUUGCGCGAUAUGUCUCGAAGAUUAUGAACCUGGAGAUAAGCUGAGAAUGUUGCCUUGUCAUCAUGAAUUUCAUACCGCAUGCAUUGAUCAAUGGCUGAUGACAAGAAGACCAUUUUGUCCUAUAUGUAAGAGAGAUGCUCACACGAAAACUACUGAACCUCCAGCUUCAGAGAACACACCAUUACUGGGUGCAUCUAUGCACCUACCUGUACCAACAGUUACAUCCAUUGCCGCCACUCAAACCUCCCCUAGUGGAUCUCCUGUGCAAUCAGGAUCACGGUCCUUGGGGUUACAAACUUCACAUUCAUAUCCAGGUCACGGAGGAGAUUUGUGUUGAGUCUGAUUUGUUCUCUAAAGAGCCAUCUGUGUGUGACUCACGGUGCAAAACACCUUUCCUAGUGAUAGCCGUGGAGUGGGACUCGUUAUGUGCUGUGAGAACUAUUUCUAUCUCAAAUGCCCUCCAAUGGCUGCCAAGUCUUCUUAGACGUAAUCUGUCCAGAUUAGGAUGAGUGAGGAUUGGGGAGUGUGCAUGUGAAGGAGGAACACAUUCUCUGUUGUACAUUUGUAUUACUUACUUGAGCAUCUGUAGAAAACCAAAAAAAUCCACAAGGCUCUUCAUGGUUUUCGGUCAAGAGAGGAAGAGCAUCAUAUGGUAAAAAUAACUGAACACACAGGUUAGGUGGCCUAAUGAAGGCAAUUUUAGGUGCUGAAGUCAAACCCAUGUUAUGUAACAGGUGUAUCACCCCUUCCAGUUACCCGUCUUUCCUGCUCUUUAUCCUAUAAAUUGCUUCUAGUUGAUCAGUGGUCCCAGUCUGGGCUAUUGAUGGUUGUGGAAGCCGCAGCUUCUGUUUGGGGCAAGUUUGCACAACGUUUCAGUUUGGUUAAAAUGUGGAUAGGAGAUCGAUCGCCUGCUGUUGGUUGUGACCUUAUCUUGCUACCUGACAUUUGAAGAUUCUGUCCUGAGUGGAGACUAGAACUUUGUGGUCUUGUAUAUAGAAGAAUUAUGCCUCAUACUUUUGAGACAUAGAUUCAGAAUUACCGAGGUGUGUUUUGCUUUUUGCGGAAGAAUGUAGAUUACCGUACUGUAAAACCUGGGUGUAGGUUUUACAAGUUGGAAAAAAGAGAGACUGGAUUUUUCCUUUUAUGGAUUUAUCUCGGAAGGUUUUAGGCCUUGGACUUUAGUGCCAUAGUAAGUUCUGCUCAACAUCUGUUGACCUAUCAGGUCUCUUUCCAGGAUGGAAUCUUCGGUUCGGCUUCCAAUAUUCCACCACGUAUCUUGAG